UGUUGAGGGCGAAAUUGAGUGAUAAAAAAAAAUAACAUCGCCAUCGGUGACUUCCAACGGUCGCACCGAAGACGACGAAACUUGUUUACCCCCACGGAGUGACGCCAUCUCGAAGUGCUCUGCUGAGGACUCUCGGAUGCUGGCCGAUGGCUAAUAGGGGUGUCUCUCCGAAUGGUGGUGGCCUUCCUUGUCCCCUGUUAGCGGGUCGCGAAUGGGCAAAAAGGAAAAAAACAGUCACUAAUUCGAUCAGUAUCGAUUGGUGAUUUGCUCCAGGAGGAAGUGCGUUUCUGCAGAUCCUAAUACAAGUUUGAGAUAUUCCACGGAAGCUGCGAGUGGGCGAGAGUGUGAAUGGACAAAGCAUAAAAAUUGUUAGGGCUUGAAAAGCUUAGUUCCUGUGUAGCAGAAGCAGUAGUAGCCGCAGUUUCAGCUGAAAAGGUGCACAUCGGAAAGUUUAUGCGGUCAAUUUUCGAACAGUUCGUGUUUGUCGUUGGACCGGUUUGGAGGCGUGGCAGUUUUGAACAGUGUUUAUAUAAUUCACGGCUUUAUUGAAAAAGAAAAACAGUGAAAAUGCGUGAAAAUAUUUACCUGCUAAUGGGAACAGCAUGUGUCCUGCUUUGCCUGCAAACCGUUCGAACGGAUUUGAGCGAGAACGAUACCGACUAUGACGAAGAAGGGUUUUGGAUUGGGCAUGGCUUAGGCAGCAGAAAGGAAGGCGAUGAAAUUCUCAAGGUGAUGCAUAAAUCCGUUGGACCAUUCAACGAACCACAGAAUGUUACCAUCGUAGAAAAGUUCAACGCUGGCGAAGAUGAAAGUAUCACCUUCACACAGUUCAACACAUCACGGGUACUGCUGUAUUUUCGCGAAGUGGUUCUCGAUUUCAACCCGAAAAAUUUCUACAUAAAACUGAACUUGUACAACAUCACAAACCUGCGGUUGCAACGAACGGUCUACGGUUAUCGAUCAAACGCAGUGAAAAGGCGAAACGUUCUAUAGAUAGCAAAUAGGGAUAAUAAUUAGCAGUAAGAAAAUUAGACGUAUUAUUAUAAAUGUAUUAGUUUCCCGUUGAACCCCGUUUCAUAUGAAAAGUCUAUCACAGACUAACAAAGCCAAAAAUACUGUAACUUCAAUCGUUCGUAGUUUAACCGACAGCAGUUUAAGUGAAUCGCCGUCGAAUUCGCUGCCGGUUCUGAUCAAAGCAUUAUUUAUAAGAGCAAAAGCAAAACAUUGGUAUGGUACAAAAUAAAGCCUAGUGCGCUAAAACAACCACCCAAAUCGAUGAAAACAUACCUCAAUUCAUAUCGGAGUCGCAGUUAUGUAGUAACUGAUACAACAAAUGUUCACCAUAACAAAUGGUGCCAAACAAAUAGUACACACCACAAACCGGCGAUGAAUGAAUACUCACCAUUUGAAUUACGAUGCACUUAAACUCGUAACUUGAGCCGUGACAAAUCCCAUAGAAGGUAGCAGUUAUGAAAAUAAGCGUGUAGGUUAUAAUAAUUAUGGCAAUCACUUGCUAAUGACAAUGGCAAGCGAAAGUUUUCUCCGGCGAUUGAGCGUCAAUUUUAUCGCCAUUCGGCUUCGAACGCCCAUUCAGGACAUGCUGAAGUGACCAAGCGAAAGUGAGUUAUGAAUAAGUGCUAAAAAUAUGCGAAGUUAUAGCCAACGUUUUGUACCGUCAAGAUUGAUAGCUUUAUGCAUUCCGGAUGUCAACUUACCCCCGAUGACAGCUGGUUUAUUACAUAACACCUUUCCUAGUAUGUAAGAAGUAUUUUUUUGUAUUUGUCUGUUAAAUUUUUAAGUAAAUAAACUUAACUAUCAAUGAAAUGUA